UGUCAACGCACAUCUCUUCCAAGAUGAAUGGAAUUAUUCCUGAAAUGGAACAAAUUAUUAGUCAGCUUGAGAGAGGUACCGUAGUGACAAAAUUUUUUCCAAGAAAACGACCAGAAAGGAAAACUCUUAUGAUACGAAGAGAAACUAGACAAAUUGUUUGGUCAAGAAGUACAACUUUUAGACCUUUUGAUGGUUAUGUGGAAAUAAGAGAGGUGAAAGAAGUUAGGAUAGGAAAACAAUCUAAAGACUUUGAAAAAUGGCCUGAAGAUGCUAAAAGAACUGAAAAUUUAAGAUGUUUUGUAGUAUAUUAUGGAUCAGAAUUUAGACUGAAAACUCUUUCCAUAUCUGCUCUUAGUGAAAAAGAAUGUGAACUGUGGGUCAAAGGAUUGCGUCACUUGGUACAAGAUACUAUUAAUGCACCAUAUCCAUUACAAGUUGAGAGAUGGCUGAGAAAAGAGUUUUAUGCAAUGGAAAAUUCUCGUGAGAUGAUCACAUUGAAAGAUGUGAAAGCAUUUUUGCCUCGGGUUAAUUGCAAAAUUGCUACAAAUAGACUUAGAGAAUUGUUCCAAGAAGUUGACACGAGAAAUCGAAAUGAACUUGGUUUUGAUGAUUUUGUUAUUCUAUAUCAUAAACUGAUGUUUGAUCAAAAUAAUCUUGCGGAUUGGCAUAAAUUGUUGAAUUAUUCUAAAACUGGACAGACUGUUAUGGUCCAAGAAUUUCAGAAUUUUUUAAUAACUGAACAACAAGAUGGUUUGGGGAAUAAUGAAUUAGAAAUAUCGCGUUUUAUUAGAGAAUAUUUACAAGAUUCUCAAAGAGACAUACAAGAGCCAUAUUUUACUUUUUCCGAAUUUAUAGACUUUUUAUUUUCUAAGCACAAUGACAUAUGGAAUCAAAAAUAUAAUCAAGUUUUUCAAGAUAUGACUCGACCCCUUGCACAUUAUUGGAUAGCGUCAUCGCACAACACAUAUUUGAUGGGAGAUCAGAUUAGCAGCGAAAGUAGUUGUCAGGCAUAUGUGCGUGCGCUAAGAGCCGGAUGUAGAUGUAUAGAACUUGAUUGUUGGGAUGGUCCAGAUGGAAUGCCAUUUAUAUUUCAUGGACACACUCUUACCACUAAAAUUAAAUUCUUAGACGUUAUCAAGAUCAUCAAGGAGCAUGCUUUUGCUACAUCUGAAUAUCCUGUUAUUUUAUCUAUUGAGGAUAAUUGCACUUUACCUCAACAACGUAAAAUGGCAACGACUAUGCAAGAGGUAUUUGGUGACAUGUUGUUAGUCCAACCUAUUGACAAGAAUGAAACUUGUCUACCUUCGCCAUAUGCAUUACGUAGAAAAAUUUUGUUAAAACACAAGAAACUUCCUGAGGGUGUUGAUGAAUCCUCGUUUCUUAUUCGAAAUGAUGAAAGCAGACAAGAAAUGGAUCUUAGAAAUACCAUAAAAAAUGGAAUUCUUUAUCUAGAAGAUCCUGUCGAUAGAGAAUGGAAUUCUCAUUUUUUUGUACUGACACAACAAAAAUUGUUUUAUACAGAUACGUUUUCAAGAGCACAAGAAACUGAACACGAUGACGAUGAGGAAAGUGGCGUUCGGAGAUCGUUAGAUGGUGCGCCAAAUAACGAAUUACACUUUGGGGAAAAAUGGUUUCACGGAAAGUUAGCAAGAGGGCGAGAGGAGGCUGAAGAAUUAUUACAGCAUUAUUCCUAUCUUGGAGAUGGUACAUUUCUAGUACGACAAUGUGUUACAUUUGUGGGUGAUUACUGUUUAUCGUUUUGGCGUAAAGGAAAGGUGAACCAUUGUCGUAUCAAACUGAAGCAAGAAAUGGGUCAAACACAGUAUUAUCUCAUUGAUACCAAUUGUUUUGACAGUCUUUACAGUUUAAUUACUCAUUAUCGUAAUCAUCCACUUAGAAGCCAAGAAUUUCUAAUUACGUUACAAGAACCAGUGCCUCAGCCAAAUAAACAUGAGGAAAAAGAAUGGUGGCAUCCCGAAUGUACUCGAAUUGCAGCAGAAGAGAUGCUAAAGCGUAUACCUACAGAUGGUGCAUUUUUAGUAAGACCUAGUGAAAGAGAAAGUAAUUGCUAUGCAAUUUCAUUUAGAGCGGAAAAGAAGAUAAAGCACUGUAAAAUAAAACUUGAAGGAAGACUCUACACCACUGGGACUGUAGAAUUUGAAAGUUUAGUUGAAUUAGUCAAUUAUUACGAACGGCAUCCAUUGUUUAAAAAGAUUAAAUUAAGUUAUCCUGUUAAUCAGGACAUUAUCAGAAGAAUGGGUUUGGAUAAUGAUGAUGGAUCUGUUUACGGCAUCCCUGGUUAUAUGGAUCCUACAAGUUUUACAUCAAAAGUUACUGUUAAAGCUAUUUAUGAUUAUAAAGCUAGAAGAGAGGACGAAUUGACGUUGGUUAAGCAUGCUAUAAUUACUAAUGUUAAUCCGCAAAGUGGAGGAUGGUGGAGAGGAGAUUAUGGUGGCAAGAAACAACAUUGGUUUCCUGCUAAUUAUGUAGAACAAAUUGAUCAACAAGAAACUCAAGGAGAUUCAUCCGAUUCUAUGAUGCUUGGUAACUUGCAAAAAGGUUCGUUGGAUAUAAUGGGUGCUGUGGUAGAAUUAACAGUUGGAGAAAGACCAGGUUUGGAAUGGAUCUUAAGAAUACAAAAUCCUAGUAUGUGUUCAGUAUUUGAAAUCGCAACACCUUCAAAAGAUACUGCAUUAGAAUGGAUGUCAAGUAUUAAAGAGACUGCACAAAAUGCAAGUGUUAGGGAAAGUCAACACAAAGAGAUGGAAAGGGCAUGGAGAAUAGCCAAGGAAAUGUCUAAUCUUAUCGUAUAUUGUAGAUCAGUUGCAUUUAACAUAGAACGAAUAAGAACUAAGGGAUUUACGUUUAAUGAAAUGAGUAGUUUUCCUGAAACAAAGGCUGAAAAGUUAAUAUGUCAACAAGAAAAUAAAUUUUUUAUAAAAUAUCAUCAGGUUCAAUUCAGUAGAGUUUAUCCAAAGGGGCAACGUAUCGAUUCAAGUAAUUUUAAUCCUGUACCAAUGUGGAAUUCUGGUUGUCAAAUGGUGGCUUUGAACUACCAGACUGGAGAUAAAUCAAUGCAAUUGAAUCAAGCUAAAUUUAAAGAGAAUGGAAAUUGUGGCUAUUUAUUGAAACCAGAAUUCAUGUUUAGACACGACUUCAAUCCAUAUGACAAAAAUACAUUGCAUGGAGUUGAAUCGCUCAAGAUUAGCUUAAAAAUUAUUGGAGCGAGACAUUUAAUGAGAUCAGGAAGAGGCACUGCCAGUCCAUCCGUCGAGAUCGAAAUUGUAGGCGCAGAUUUUGAUUCAGGGACGAAAUUAACAACAAGGACAAUACAGGAUAAUGGAUUUAAUCCAAUGUGGAAUGAGACAUGUGAAUUUGAAAUAUCUAAUCCAUAUUUUGCUCUUAUACGAUUUUUGGUGCAAGACGAAGAUAUGUUUGGCGAUAGCAAUUUCAUAGGACAAGCUACUUAUCCAGUACGCUGUUUAAGAACAGGAUAUCGAAGUGUUCCAUUAAAAAACAUGUACAGCGAAGAUCUUGAGCUUGCUUCCUUAUUAGUACACAUUAAUAUUACAAUUUUAUCGGUACAUAAUGCAUGACAUAAAUUAACAAAGAUGAAAAUCUGUGUUAUAAUAUAUUAAAGUUGUAAACUAGUAAAUUUACUAAAUUAAAGAGAUGAAGGGUAAGUAUUUAAGGUAAAUGUCUUAUUGAUCGGACAUGUAUUAUAUCUGGACAUUUAUACAAAAACUUAUUAUUAAUCUCAAAUACUAUUAUUUAAUAGUAUUUCAAAUUGUAAUUUUUAAAUAUUAAAGAUUAUAAGUGAAUUUUAAUGUUAUGAUAAAAAAAAUAGUAUUUGACAUUAGUAAUAAUAUUUUCGUGAGGUGUCAGGACACAUUGUUAGAUAAUUCUGUUGUGUGUACGCACACGUGUAUGUGGAGUAUAAUCAUGUAUUGUCUAUUUAUUUCAGAUGAUGUAGUUAUUGUAAGUGGAAAUCAAAAAAAUACUACACAAUUGCAUAAAAUUGACAGAUCAGAUUACAUUAUUAGAAGACUAUACAUUUAUGUUGAAUUUUGACGAAUUGUGUGUGUGUGUGUGUGUGUGUGUGUGUGUGUGUGUGUGUGUGUGUGUGUGUGUGUGUGUGUGUGUGUGUGUGUGUGUGUGUGUGUGUAAUUGCAACAAUUUGUUGGAAGUAAAAAUAUUUCUAUAAUUGCAGUAGGAAACAAAGAUAAAUAAGUAAUCUAAAUAAAUAUUCUUGUGUUAAAAAAAGAGUAGAAUUAAAAUUUAGAACAAUUAGUCAAAAAAUAGACAUGACAUAAUUUUGUUGCGCGUGCGCAAUAAUAAUUUAUGCUGUUAAUGAUAUACCAAUUUGUCUUUGAAAAAUGGCUCUACAUAUCAUAUAACGACUGAAUAAUUUCUUCUUAUAAAUUUUAAUUUAUCAUAAGCAUUAUAUUUUAUACUUAUAUAUAGUAUCUGUUAAUACUUUACUUUUAAUUUGAAAUAAAAGAAAUGAUUGUGUGCGUUGAAGUAAAUAUAUAAGUGAAAAAUUUUAAAUUCGGACUUUGCAUCACAAUAUCUCCACUCGUAGGGCAUGUAGAGUAAAAAGAAAAACAGUUUUCUUAUACAAAUCAAACCCAAACUUUCGAUUGAGCCUGGUUAGAACUUGAUCGAUUUAGUUGUUAUUGAGCUCUGAUAAUCUCAGGUGCUCGCAAGUUGUGUACUCCCGUAUAAUACACGGGGUGACCUCGCCCUGCUCGUUCACUUGGCGCGAGACACUGCUGUCUCUUGAUAACGAAAAAAAAAAGAAAUGUAAUAAACAGCACAAGAGUACACUAUAAUUGAGAAUCUCAUAUGCACAUUACACAGAUGUGUAACAUAAUUGCCUUUAACAUGAAUAUAGGCUCUUCCCUAUUUAAAUUGCGUUUUUAACAAAGUUACCGCGCUAUAUUACGUGGAUUCUAUAUUAUAUGAAUGCCUGCUUCUAUGUUGAUAAAAUAAAUAUAGCGAGCAAUAAUUGUAACCAAAGUGAUAUUGUAUAUUUGCAUGGAGUAAGAGUAGAGGAGGACGAUCUUCAUAGCGUGCGAGUAGCAAAAGUGACCCCGUUUUUAGACUCCUAAAUUUUAUGUAGUAAGUUUUGCUUUGUUACAAAUACGACUAAGCAUAUCAAAAUAAAUAGUUCUGCAGAACAUGUGUUACGGAUAUCAUAGGUAACUGAUAAAGAGAAUAAAGAAGUUUAUAGAUA